AUGGGUCUCCUCUCCAACAGGUUGGUGAUCGCUGAUUAGUCGUUCAAUUCUGGGGAUGAACGACUGAAGGUUGGUGGAGAUCCCUUGUGAUGCAGGAUCGGGAGGGAGAGCUUGAAGCCGGGGGAUCACGUCUACUCCUGGAGGACGGCCUACAUCUACGCCCACCACGGUCUGCCGCCUUCUUCCUCCUCCUCCUAACUUUUACUGCGUCUUUCUCUUCGUCGGCUCCUCCAUUCCCUGCUUCCCUCUGGGAGAGAUCACCGGCGAAGGACGAUAUCCUCGUGGUCUUCUUCCACCGCGGCGUGAUCUGCGGCUGGUGACGACUGAUCCCUAGUAUUUUUGAUCUUCUCGGACGGCGAGAGACCCCUCUGUUGAUGAUCUUCGCGUUGAUCCCCAACACGAAUUAGGGUUCCUCCUCCGCCGCUCCUCCCAACCUGGGCCUUGGUCGUCUAGGGUCUUUUCCCGGGCAGAUGAUCGUCUCUCUUUCGACGAAGAAGCGAUGCUUCUGUUUUUAUCUUUUGCAGGUAUCUUCGUGGGGGAGAAUAAGGUCAUCCAUUUCACCAGGGCCCGAGGGGAAGAGGUGGGAACCGGCACCGUUAUAGACGUCCUGCUCACGAGCUCCGGCCCCGCCCGUCCGUCGGCGGCGUGCUCCUCCUGCUCCCACCAGAGAGAAGAGCUCGGCGGCGGCGUCGUCUCCUCCUGCCUCGACUGCUUCCUCGCCGGCGGAGUCCUCUACCGCUUCGAGUACGGCGUCAGCCCCGCCCUCUUCCUCGCCAAGGCCCGCGGUGGCACCUGCACACUCGCCGCCGCCGACCCCGCCGCCGUCGUCACCCACCGGGCGACCCACCUGCUCACCAACGGCGGCUUCAGGUGCUACAGCGUCUUCAAGAGCAACUGCGAGGACUUCGCCAUCUACUGCAAGACCGGCCUGCUCGUGGUGGAGCAAGGAAUGGUAGGGCAGAGCGGGCAGGCGAUAUCGCUGAUCGGCGGCCCAGCGGCGGCGGCCUUCUCCACCCCGAUCCGCCUCCUCUCCACCAACAUCUACGGCAUGGCGGCCACGGCCGUCGGCGUGUACUGCGCCAGCCGCUACUUCGCGGACAUCGGCAACCGGAGGGACGUGGUGAAGGUGGCGGUGGAGGACUUGACCUCCCAGCUGGCGACGGCGAGAGUCCAGCUCGUCGACAUGAACGGAGCUCCAUUCUCUCCGUCUCCAUCCCGUGGAGAAUCCGCCGCCGCCGCCGGCGAUCGGAAGAGAUCCUCCACCCGUGGAUAG